AAUUUAAUAAAAUAUUCCCAAAAUUUCAGUAAUCUAGUAAUUUUCAGAAAAUCUCACUGUUAAUUAUUAAUAAUUUAUUUUGUACGUUAUAAAUUAUCAAAACAAUUUUUUAUGCAUUUCAGAUAGCUUUAAGUCAUAAAUAUUUAAUUAUCUGCCGUGUACGAUUGAAUGUAUGACUCCAUUCCUUAUUGUACUUACACAAGCAAACUAAGUUUCCUUAUGACAUGAUAUAAGCAAGCUUGCAUACUACGUAAUAAAUACAAAAAUUUUAAAAAUGAUACGAGAUGUUAUAAUACGUUUAAUAAUAAGUGUUAUUGGCAUAAUUUUUGCUAUAUCUGCAUUCAUUGUAUUGUCUGUUAUAUAUAACAACUACAAUGUUGGAUUUUGGUCGAUCUUAUCAGGUGUGUUAGCUGCAGUUUGUUUUCAUUUACAUUGGGUCAAAGGAAAAGGAAGUUUAGAAAGAUGGCAUACCGAAACUACAUUGAGAAAUAUAAAUGUUAUUGGUUUUAUAAGUGCAGUGUCAGGAAUCACUGCAUUAAUUUGGUAUCUCUUCCUUACAUUUUAUUACAAGAUUCCCAUUGAACCUAUUGCUGAAAGUACAGCAAUAACAGCUGUUUGGUCUAUGAUCUGUGGAAAAUGGGGUAUUUCCUUGAUGUAUUAUUCUCAUACAUAUGGUUCAAUUAUCGCAGAAGGCUCUGUACCCAUAUUAGUAGAAAAUAAUGCUUAAUAAUUUUUUAUGCAAACAAAUAUAACAAAUUUUUAUAAAGAAUAAUUUUAUUAAAUAUAAUUGUCGGAAAAUAUAUUAACAAAAUAAAUAUAUUUUCAUAACUUAACGUUGUAAAUUAUGUAAAUAUUAUACAAAUAUAUUUGUUGAAAUAUAGUUCUU